UAAAAGAUAAAAUAGAAAUAACGCGUUUCGCAGUUCGUUGUAAACGAGUCAAAAAUCUUUGUGUCGUGCUUUAUUUUCGUUUAAUAUCGGAAUUUAUUCAACACCAGGAUUGUGCAGAAUUUUAUACGAUACCGCUUAACAGUAAACGCUUACCUACUUCAUGUGGCAGAGGUAGGCGGCGUUGGAGGCGGGUUGGCGACUUACACGGUCGUUUGGUUGGCAAACAGGGGAGCAGAAGUCAUAUUGGCGCAAGGCUGCCAUUUGUAGGCAAUGCACCGUCUUGCGGAAAGAUUGGGUGGACCUGGCCUAAGAUGGGGAGCGUGCUGUUUGCAGCUGUGUUCAUAGCGUUACAUUUUGCCACCGGCGGCCUGGCCAACCCAGAUGCAAAACGUUUAUACGACGAUCUCUUGAGUAACUACAAUCGCUUGAUAAGGCCUGUUGGCAAUAAUUCUGAUCGUUUAACGGUCAAAAUGGGUUUACGUUUAUCACAAUUAAUUGAUGUUAAUUUAAAAAAUCAAAUCAUGACGACGAAUGUGUGGGUAGAACAGGAAUGGAAUGACUACAAAUUAAAAUGGAAUCCAGAUGAUUAUGGUGGCGUUGACACGUUACACGUACCUUCUGAGCAUAUUUGGUUGCCGGAUAUUGUUCUAUACAACAAUGCUGAUGGUAAUUACGAAGUGACAAUAAUGACAAAAGCAAUUCUCCAUCAUACCGGCAAAGUGGUGUGGAAACCUCCUGCCAUUUAUAAAUCAUUUUGUGAAAUCGAUGUUGAAUAUUUUCCAUUCGAUGAGCAGACAUGCUUUAUGAAAUUCGGUUCAUGGACUUAUGAUGGUUACAUGGUCGAUUUAAGGCAUCUUAAACAAACGCCGGAUUCCGAUAACAUUGAAGUUGGCAUUGACCUUCAGGACUAUUAUAUAUCGGUAGAGUGGGACAUAAUGCGCGUGCCGGCAGUACGAAAUGAGAAAUUUUAUAGUUGCUGUGAAGAACCAUAUUUGGAUAUUGUCUUUAAUCUAACGCUGCGACGAAAGACACUCUUCUACACCGUCAAUCUAAUUAUACCCUGUGUGGGUAUAUCAUUCCUAUCCGUCUUGGUUUUCUAUUUACCCAGUGAUUCGGGCGAAAAGAUUUCCUUGUGUAUAAGUAUCUUACUGUCGUUGACUGUGUUUUUUCUACUGCUCGCGGAAAUUAUACCGCCCACAUCAUUAACGGUGCCUCUGCUGGGAAAAUAUUUACUAUUUACCAUGAUGUUAGUUACGCUCUCGGUUGUAGUUACCAUUGCGGUACUAAAUGUUAAUUUUAGGUCUCCAGUGACACAUAGAAUGGCCCCUUGGGUUCAAAAGGUAUUCAUAGAUAUUUUACCGAAACUCUUGUGUAUUGAACGUCCCAAAAAAGACGAAUCAAACGACGAGGAGGACGAUCAGCCUCAAGAAGUUUUAACAGAUGUCUUUCAUCUGCCGCCAGAUGUCGACAAGUUUGUUAAUUAUGAUACAAAACGAUUUAGCGGCGAUUAUGGUAUACCAGCUUUGCCUGCUCAACGUUUUAGUGAAUUUGCCGGAACGGCGGGUAUUGCUCAAUGUUUCGGUGAUCCGCCCCUGCCUUCUGCACUGCCACUGCCUGGCGCGGACGAUGAUCUCUUCAGUCCGACAACUGUCAAUGGUGAUUUGAGUCCUAGUUGUUGUCAGGCCGAUUUAAGUCCCACAUUUGACAAACCUUACGUGGGUGAAAUGGAGAAAACAAUCGAGGGUUCACGUUUUAUUGCUCAACAUAUGAAAAACAAGGAUAAGUUUGAAAGUGUUGAAGAAGAUUGGAAAUAUGUGGCCAUGGUAUUGGAUCGUUUGUUCCUUUGGAUAUUUACCAUAUCUUGUGUGGUAGGCACUGCCUGGAUUAUAUUACAGGCCCCUAGUUUAUAUGAUCAAUCGCAGCCUAUCGAUAUAUUAUAUUCGAAAAUCGCCAAAAAGAAGUUCGAACUGUUAAAAAUGGGCAGCGAUACGAACUUAUAGCGUCCACUUGGGUUCGCAGAGGGCUGGUGGAAUAUCAUCACCAGAACUUUGCGAACCCUGUUCGCCGCACGCGAUGAUGAUCGUGGAUAAUAUCCAGCUGUCAUUGUGGAGGUGAACGCGGAUCCAGGAAAUAAAACACUUAAAUUGGACAUAGGAGAGCAAGUGAUCAAAAUAGAAUUUGAUAAUGAAGAAUAAAAUCUUAAGAAACCCCCCAAAACACAAAAAAAAAACUAACAAACAAACAAACAAAUAUAAAUAAAAGUAGUUGUAAACUUAUCAAAGAUCAUAAUGAUACAAAGAUAAAUAUUACAGAGAAUGAAGUAAAUCACCAAAAGUAAGAGAAAAUGAUUUAAAGAAAAUAAAAAGUGUGCCCUAACAUAAUUCGAAUGAAAUAAACAACACAUACAAGAGAGAGAAAGAACAAGAUAAAAAAGUGUUUAACAAAUACAAAUACUGAGCCAUCCAGGUAUGAUUUGAAAUAUUAAAUAAAAAGAAACAAAUCUCAAGUAGGAAAACAAUUUUUUACAAGAAUUGUAGUUAAACAACAAUCACAGAACAUCAGCAUCAACAUCAUACUCAUAUUUUCUACUGCUACUACAAACCGAAAAUAUCCUACAUACUCUCAUAAAAAUAUACUCACCUAAACACCCAACACUUACACACACGCAUACAAAAUAGUCAAUAAGGCAAAAAUAAAAACUAUAAAAUCAUUUAAACACAAAAUUAUACUCGCAAAAUUCGAAAAAAAUAUAAUAUAAAAGAACAGCAAAAAUUUAGCACUCUUAAUUCAAAAAUUCUACUAAAAUAAAAAAAAAAUACAAAUAAAAUUUAAAUUUAGAAUAAUUUGUAAUUAAAACAAAAAGAACACAAACAAAGUUGUUGAUUUUAUUUGCUUUCCUUUAAUUGUUUCCAUUGAAAAAUAACAUUCUCACAACAAACUGGAUAAAAUAAAGUUAAACAAGUUCCUUUAUGAAAAAUUAAGAACAAAACAUAAGAAUGAGAGCAGAGAGCAAACACACCUUCACAGAGUCUAGGUCAGGAUAGAAAACAAAUGCAAUCACAGCUAAAGACACACAAACAAACGCUCUCACCCACAUUAAGAUCCACAAAAAAAAUAGUUAAGUAUGAAUUAAAAAUACAAAGAAAAACCAAAAUAAGAUCUGUAAACUUAAGCACAUCAACGAAUUCUUUAGGUAAAAAUUUUUAAAAAUUUUACAAGACUCGAUCAAAUUGUUCUUUAGCUCUCAUACAGGCAUUAAAAUAAAAUAAAACAACUUAUUUUGAUUUAAGUUUCCGUUCAAACAAAACGAGUUCCUUUAUCAAAAUGUAUAUGCAAUUGCAAGGUAAAUUUGGUUCCAAAAUAAAUCAAACCUUUGUGAGAACAAUUUUUUGCAAAAGGAUAUUCUUUAGCUGAAACAAAGUGAGGACAUUGUUAAUUUCAACAAAUAAAGUUUAUCUAACAUUUGGAUAAUUUUAAAACGUUUUUCUAGUUAAGAUCCUUUUAACUUUAAAACUCUCACUUACGUUCAAAAUUUACUCUAUUUAUAUUUAUUUAUCUUUGUUGUGCAUUGAAUGCAAAAAAAUAAUGAAAAUAAAUAUUUUAUUUUGAAAUCAUUUUUACAAUUUGAAUCUAAAAUAAAAAAAAUGAUUUUAAUUUGUUCCAAAAUAUUUAACAGCAAAGUAAAUAAAAAACUUUUUAAACAUUCAUCAAUUUGUUAACAAAAUAAAAACAACCGCCACUACUGCAAACAAUAAAAAAAACUUUGUAAUUUUUAUGCACUCGUACACAUACAUAUGUACAUUUUUCAUAUGUGCAUAUUUUAUAUAUAUGUGUAUUUUUAUGUACAUACAUAUACAUGAAUAUAAACGGAAGUACGUUAGUUUGUAAAUACAUGAACUAUAACGAACACAUACAACUGUCAUACUUUAAAAGUAUAAUAAAAUUUUCUAACAUACACAUAGACUCAUGCGUACAUACAUUACACAAUGUAUGUACAUUAGGGGUAUAAACAAAUUUUGGCCCUAUCACCACACCAUAGUCUAUAUUAAAAUCUUGCAAAAACAAUUUUUUGAAAUUAGAAAAAUCUUCAGUUCCGUGAAAUAUUUUUUUUUUUGUAAAUUAUAGUGGUCUAUUCGAUAUUUGCAAAAGAAAGGAAUAAAGUUAUUGCCCUAAUGUACAUCCAUAUGCAUUUCUAUAUAAUAAAUGUGCAUAUGCACAUAUAUAUUUUUAUUACUCGCACUCUUUCGGUUGCACCAUUGUAUGUUUUAUAACAAAAAAAUAAACAUUAAAAAUUGUGUCCGCAUUUAAUCAAAAUAAUGUUUUCAAAAGUCAUUAUCACCAUGAUAAUGAAAUUUUAUGGUAGAGUUGUGAAGAGUUGGGUUCAGUUUUUUCUUAUUGUUUUGCAAGUUUUUGGUUGCUUUCUGGUUUUCUGGUUCCUCUUAAAAAUGGGAAAAUUUCAAGUGGCAAAACUUUAAUUAAAAUUCCUAAUCGAUUUUGUUUUCCAUUAUUAUUCUCACAUUUCAAUGAAAAUUAAUUAAAAUAGUUUGACUUUUUGUGUAAAGUGUAAGAGUCUGCAAAAAACAAGAAGAUGAUAAAGAGGAGGAAUAAAUACAUUUAUUCUAAAGAACAUUUUUACAAUGUUUGCCAGGUUGGUUGAAAUAUACAAGCAAUUUAAAUGCUAAUUCAUUUGUGUACAUCAGUUUUUUUUUAAUUGUAAACUUUGUACUGUAUGUGAUCAUUGGUUGCUUUUACAACAUACUAAAUGGUGGCGUAUGAUCAUUGCAAAAAUUAAAAACCACUUAUACGUUGUCAACAUAUAAUUCAUACUUAAAAGUUUCCUAAACGCGUAAAUAAUAUUCGUAUAUUCGACUGAAUAUGUUUUCACUUAUUUUCUGUCUCUAGAAGGUUUGAUUUUGAAAUCACUUCUUGUAUGUGUUUAUGUAAAAUUGUUUAACCAAUUUGAGUUAAAAAAUGUUAAUUUUCUGUAUUCUAUUUUCGUUUUUGUAAUAGAUAAUUUGUGUGUUUUUACUAAAUACUAGACAUUUAAUAUUUAAAAUAUAAAUAUCUAGUAAAUAAAAGAUCAACUUGAAAUAAAAACAAAUAUAAAAAUUAAAGAAAAAAAUAAUAAUAAAACAAAAAAUAAAUAAACAAAUAAGUAAUUAAAUUACCUUUUAAGUGUAAAUGCAAAAGUAAAGUGGACAAAAAGUUAACAUUUUUUUAAUAAAAAAUUAGAUUUUAAAUAAAUUAUUAAAUAAAUAAAUAAACAAAUAAAGAAAACUAUAAUAAAUAAGGCAAAUAAAAAUUCGUGUAUAAUAGAUAAAAAAUACAAAUAAAUGUGUAAAAAUGAAAAUUCACAUAAAAUAAAAAUAAAUAUAGAACUAAAUAAAAUGAAAUUUAAAAUUGAAAUGAAAACACACAAAUUUCUUUAAAAUAAACGAUAAUUUCUUUGAUCAAGGAAAUAAAAAAAAAACUUAACUAAAAUUGGUGUUAUAAUAAAAUGGAAAAAAUUAAAAUGAUAAACUAAUUAAAAAUACUAUUAAAAUUGAGCUUAAUAUCUGAUGAAAAUAUCUGAAAAUCAUUAACAAUUUUACACCAGCAAGAAUUUUACAGUAGAACAACAAAUCUUAUUAAAAUCAUAAAGUAAAGAAAAAAUAUAACUUUUUUUAAGCCAGGAAUUGUUGCUAAAAGAAACACGAAAAAUUUUCAAACAGUCUACACAUUUUUUUAAAUUAAUAAAUUUAAGCAAAGGCUGAAGUAGAAACAAACAAACAAAUUAAUAAUUCCAUAAUAAGUAUUAAAACAACAACAGCAACAAAAAAAAACAAAAACACAAUUCUCUAACUAAAAAAAUCUAUUGUAUAAAAAAUAGAAAACAAAAUAAGAAAUAAAAAAAGAUUUUCACCAAACAAUGCGCAAACAAAUGCAAAGCAAUUGUAAAUAUUUAAUAAUAACUACAAAAACAACUAAACAAGAACACAAACAAUUAGUUUUAUUAAUCAAUUAGAAAUUAAAAAAAAAAUAAAAAAAAAACAAAAUUAAAAUUUAAUAAAAAUAAACGAUUUCAGUUUGAGCUUCUUCAAUUUAUUUCGAUUAAUUUAUUGGUUUUUUAACUUUAGACAAUCAGCGGAAAUAAUAAAAUAAAACAAACACAUAAAUACAAAAAAAAAACGUAAAUAUUUGUAAUAUUAUUAUAAUUAUUAAUUGUUAAAUCUUAAACAUUUUAAUUGUUAUUUUUUAAAACUUUUAGUUUUUUUCUAUUCUUAUCAAUUUUUUUAAAAUUAAAAUUUUUUGGGAAAUCAUUACGCUAUUUAAAGAAGAAGAAUAA